UUUUUAUUAUAUGCUUUGCUUUAAUUAAAAUAUAUUGGUUUCUCUGUGAGGUUAUAUGGCACCAGAUCUGUUAGUGUGGUUAGCCGGUGUAGUUUGUUUAUCUCCAUUACUAGGUAACAGGUGUGCUCAUCUUACCAGCUGCUGGAGAGAAUAUAUACCUGUGGAUGGAUAUAUCCACCGGGACAAAACAUCAAAGCACAUGAGACAUUACUAUUGAUUCUCACAGAAUAUACAGAAUUUAAUUCAGGAAAAAUAACUUUAGGCCAACAGUUAAGAGAACUAACAAUGGCACUGGCAAGUGGACACUGGAUUGACAAGGAAAUUGCAGGAGUACCUCCAAGUCCAAGAUAUGGCCAUGCGAUUGCUGUUGCAGGAAAUAUUGCAUUCUUGUUUGGAGGAGCAUCAAACGUAAACACAGAGGAUUAUCUUCCAACAUAUCUUCAUGACUUUUACAUGAUUACAGUUUCAGCUAAUCGUGUGACGUGGGAGCAGAUGCCUCAAAAAGGAGACGUUCCCACAGCAAGAGCAGGACACUCACUGUGUGUAGUUAAAGGCAAACUCUACUUGUUUGGAGGUUCAUCACAUCCUGAAGCUAAAGAAUGUUUGCCUGGUGUCUACUGCUUUGAUAUUGUGACUAUGACCUGGGAGAAGCUGCUCACUGCUGGUGUAUCUCUGCGGACAUUAAAACACAGUUCAGCAGCUCUAGGAGAGAAUAUCUAUGUGUAUGGAGGAAUCCUGGAUGGAGUCCCUACAGAUGAUCUUAUGAUGUUUAACACAGUGUCAUUGAUUUGGAUGCCAAUCAAAACUACUGGCACUCUCCCUUUAGAAAGGUUUAAUCAUUCACUUGCUGUAGUGGGCGAGCAGAUAUUCUUGUUUGGAGGAUGCUCAGAGGACGGUUCACCUCUCAAAGACAUAUAUGCCCUGAAUACAGAAACCCUGAUCUGGGAACAGUGUAAAGUGAAAGGAGACUGUCCUGUCGUUUGUGCUGGUCAGACUUUCACAUCACAUCAUGACAAGGAUAUUUACUUAUUUGGGGGAACAGUCACUAAUCCAGAUGGAGCAGAAACAUCAACCAGUGAAAUUUACAAAUUAAGCAUCGCAAAGAUGAAGUGGAAGAUACCGCUGUAUGUGGGCAUUCCCCCCGCCAGACGUCAUGGACAUACAGCAUUCAUUGUUCAUAGUCAUCUUUAUGUGUUUGGAGGCAAAAAUGAAGAGCAAGAAUUUAAUGACCUGAAAAUAAUGAAAUUAAUCAAUCCAUCUGAAAGACAGCCAGUGAUGAAAGAGAUUCUGUCUGAGUUUGGACUACAUGGAAACAGUUUCGCUCCAACCAAGAUACCCAACGUGAAGUAUGAGCUCAGUCAGUCACCAGUGAUCAUGAAAAGCUACAAUGGUGAACAUAUUCAGGUGACGGGACAUAGAGAUUUCACAGCAGUACGUGAUGAGGCUAUGAAAAUGAUUCACAAAGCCUUUGCUAUAUUAGAUGAUGAAUUCCAAAAACUAGACCGGGAGAAGGCUGAACUUGCACGAGACACAGAGAUUUUGCGAAAUGAGAGGGACGCUCAAAAUGAGCAUCUCCAAAGACAGAAACAGGAACUUGAGGACAUGCUGGAGAGACACAAAGCUCAGAAUGAGGCUUGGCUCCGUGCACGUGCAGACGAGAAUGACAAGGAAAGGAAAGAGCUGUGUAAACUGAGGGAGGAGGUGCUUCACGAGCAGGAGAGACUGAAAGAGGAGCAAUGCAACAUCCAAAAACGCAGUGAGCAGCUCCUGUCCAUUAUGCAGCAGUUCAAAGGCAUGUGAAGACACUGUCUCCAUGGCAACCACACAGGGAGACGGCCAAAUUUUGUUUGGGAAACAGCGAGAUUAUUGAUGCCACUCCUUUACGGUGAUAUUUGGGGUUGAUCGUCUGGAUGAUGAUCUGGUGAUUCUGCUGUGCGUGUCACAACACAUUAGACAACUAAAUUGCUAACUUUAGACAAAGAACAGGAUUCCUUUAUUACCGGUUAAAAAAAUAAAUGCUUAAAAAUGCUUUAACGGGUUAUUUUAUCAUUUCUCUGAAACAUAAUGAAUUAAAUGUUUGUUUACUAUCAGUUUGUAUACAAAGUUGUCAAAAAUUAUCAUACUUUCAUGACUUUUUCAUGGCCUUUACAUUCUGUAUGCCAUACAACAGUGAUGUGUAUUUAAUUGUUAACUAGUAAAGCACAGAAAUUGGACUUUUAUU